AUGGCAGGAAGCUUUAGUAUCUCUUUGCCUACAGGCGAUGUUCUGUUUGCGGACAUGGUUUUCAAGGGUUGUUAUGUCCAAGUGGGUGAUGCAAUGUUGGAAGCCGAUUUGAUUCCCUUGGAAUUGGUUGACCUUGACAUCAUCUUGGGAAUGGAUUGGUUGGAGAGACACCGUGCCUCGGUGGAUUGUUUUUGGUAG